CAAAGAGUGGGGGAAAAAAAACAACUUUCUUGCUCUUUCAAUUCCAAACUAAUUUAAUACAUACAGUAGAAAAUGUAGCUAUAUACAAUAAAUGUCAAAAGCAUCAGUAUGGGCCGGACGCUGUGGCUCAUGCCUGUAAUCCCAAUACUUUGGGAGGCCAAGGCAGGAGGGUCACCUGAGGUCAGGGGUUCGAGACCAGCCUGGCCAAUAUGGUGAAACCCCGUCUCUACUAAAAAUACAAAAAUUAUCUGGGUAUGGUGGUGGGUGCCUGUAAUCCUAGCUACUCGGGUGGCUGAGGCAGGUGAAUCGCUUGAACCCGGGACGCAGGGGUUGCAGUGAGCAGAGAUUGUGCCACUGCACUCUAGCCUGGGCAACAAGAGUGAAACUCUGUCUCAAAACAAAAACAAAAACAAAACCAAAACCAUCAAUAUGAAAAAACAGUAAUCAAUUUAAAUCUCUGGCAUGUUUUACUGCUUGGUCUCAACAGCACCAUACUUAAUCAGUCAUAACAGCUGAAGAUUUGACAUUUUAUAAUUAUUCUUCCACAAUACCAGUUACCCUAUUACAGGGCCAAAGGUGAACUGUCGAAGAAAUUACAUGUUUAGUAAUUUGAUUUAUUAAAUUAUACUGAGAAGUUAGCAUGUGGAUUCUUCUAAGCUUUAAAACUAUCCAAAUUCUAACCAGGACUUAUAUUUCAUAUUUGUAAAUAAUUUUAGACGCUUCAGUGAAUUGUUAUAUUAUUUAUCAAAACAAUCCAGAAUAAACUUGUCUUAAAAAAAAACUUAAUGUUUAAAAAACACAUUUUAAAAUUAAAAUGUGGAAAAUCUGACUUUACUAUGAAAUGUUGAGCCUUUGUUCAUUGCCUUCCUGUAAUGCACUUCCCUUAAGAUGUUUAAAGUUAGGUGAGAAAAGAAGCAAUGCUACUUUUGUCUUUGUAAUAUACAGGGAAAUUGGCAGCCAUUCUUUUUCAGGGCACUAUAAAUAAUCAUUGUCAAGUUCUGAAGAUAUUGACUGACGAUAUUGACUGAAAAAAAAAAUUACCGUUCCUGUCAGACUGACUUAUUCAAGCACUGACACAUUGUCAGCUAAAGGGAAGGGGAGAGCAGACCUCGAGGUCACGUCACGUUCGAAGUGAACAGCGGGGAGCUGAGAAACUGACGUCCACAGCUCCAGCCUGGCCUAGCGUUAACACCUGCAGUAGGCCGAGCCUUUCUCCCACCGAGGAGUCAACAAAUCCAUCAGAGCUCUGUAAUAGGAGGGCCAAGACUAAACACUCUUGCCUUGACUCCAAAUAGACAACUCCAUUUAAAAUAAAAAACAAUAGGAACCAGAUUCAGAAUCGCUUCACGCCUUGCCCACCAAGGCCCUCUUCUAGAACCAGGGUUCCGACCUCCCCACUUUCCUGGCUCUGGGGUCUGCCUCGGGGAUCUCAAGCAAGGGGAACAUAAUACUGGAGGGGGAAGAGGAGCAGCAGACCGGCCCAUGGAACCGAAAAAGAAUCCAGAAAAAAAAAAACACUCCCAAACGGACCAGACACUACCAGACCCGCCCUGAAGAGCCAAUACAUUUCCACGACUCGGCUGCGAAAACAACAAACGCCUCCCGUCCGGGCGUCCCUGAAAACAAGGCCGCGCUCACCUCGAAGGGUAAACCCAGCCGCCCCCCAACGUCGCCUUCCCGUCAGGGGACGACGCCUUAGAAACCCGGUAACUGCAGCCGCGUCUCCAGGGCCUGCAGAUGACGUCAGCAGCCCCGCGCUAGCAUCGCGAGACUCCCGUCACCCUCCGCCGGCUCCCCGCGCUCUCAACCGCCCGCGCCUGCUACCAGGCAGCGGCGGGGAUGGCGAGCAGCGGAGGCCAGGCGGUGACGAGAGCAGCGGGUCCGCCAUUGGACGAAGAGGCCUGAGGGACGGGCCAGCGGUGCACAAGAAGAGACCGAGGCGGGUGGCCCCCAGAGAGCCAGGACCAUGGAGGCCAACAUGCCGAAGCGGAAGGAGCCCGGCAGGUCUCUCCGCAUCAAAGUCAUCUCCAUGGGCAACGCCGAAGUGGGGAAAAGCUGUAUUAUAAAGCGAUACUGUGAGAAAAGAUUUGUGUCUAAAUACCUGGCAACAAUUGGAAUUGACUAUGGAGUCACAAAGGUACACGUCAGAGACAGAGAAAUCAAAGUUAACAUCUUUGAUAUGGCUGGACAUCCCUUCUUCUAUGAGGUUCGAAAUGAGUUUUACAAGGACACACAGGGUGUGAUACUGGUCUAUGAUGUUGGGCAGAAAGACUCCUUUGAUGCCCUCGAUGCAUGGCUGGCAGAAAUGAAGCAAGAGCUUGGACCUCAUGGAAACAUGGAAAAUAUUAUAUUUGUAGUUUGUGCCAACAAGAUUGAUUGUACCAAACAUCGCUGUGUAGAUGAAAGUGAAGGACGUCUUUGGGCUGAAAGCAAAGGGUUCCUGUACUUUGAAACUUCAGCACAAACUGGAGAAGGCAUUAAUGAGAUGUUCCAGACCUUUUAUAUAUCCAUAGUUGAUUUAUGUGAAAAUGGCGGGAAACGCCCUACCACAAAUAGCAGUGCUAGUUUCACCAAAGAACAAGCAGAUGCCAUUCGCAGAAUUCGAAAUAGUAAAGACAGUUGGGACAUGCUGGGAGUCAAACCUGGGGCCUCAAGAAAAUCUUCGUCUUCAACAGAAUUGAUGUAUUUGUUACAUCUUGAGAGUUUCUCCUGCUACCUGCAAAUCUUGAAAGGCACUCUUAGUGCAGAGGACCAGGGAUGAAGUCAAUAAAGCGUAUCGGAAACUUGCUGUGCUUCUUCACCCUGACAAAUGUGUAGCACCUGGCAGUGAAGAUGCCUUCAAAGCAGUUGUGAAUGCUCGGACAGCCCUCCUGAAAAACAUCAAGUAGAAAGUAGAGAAAAAAGCCACAUGUGGGACUGAAAUGCAAAUAGACUUUCCCUAGAGGUGAAAUAACCAACAUGGAGUUUUCCUUCCCAGAAUCUCACUGCUCUUUUCAUUCAUGUGUUGUCAUUUGUAUAUCAGUAAUUCAGGUGCCCAUUUCAUAGACAUUUUACUGAGAAAUAACCUGCAUUUGUAUGAAGUGAAGAGAACUGAGCGUCACUUAACACCCUGUACUUCAUUUCAUAUUUCUAGAUAAUUCUGAUUUUUUUUCUCAUUCAUUUGUCAGCUCUGUAAUUAUAGUAUCCCUUAGACAUUUCACUUGGGGAAAUCCACGAGGUUCCUGGAGGGAGGGAAGAGAGGACAAGAGGACCCUUUCACUUUUUCUUUUUUACGGAAUUCAUCAUCAGAGAAGAAAAUAACAAAAAUGGAAGCAAACAACAUCAGAACCCCUGUAAGUUUGGUGUGACCUUACAGACAAGUAGCUGCUUUUACAGUGAGUUCCUUAGGUGGUAUUUUAACCAUGGAUCUAUAAUGAUGACUCUUGGCAGCCCUUUUGGAGUUUGUAAAAUGAGGUGAUACAGUUCUGAAUUGAGCAUUCCUUUAUGAUAUUCACUCUGUUCCUCUUCUGCAGCCACCAGUGGGAGAGACAAGCCAGUCCUAAGAGAAAAGGUGGUGGCAGCCACAAAUUCUAGGUACACUGGCUGCUGCCUAUCCUGUCCCUGGAUCUGAGGCCUUUCCCUUGCCAUAGAAAUGGUUGCUGGUAGCAGUAGAGAGCACUGUGCACCUGGGAAUGAGGAAUCAGGCCCCAAGACAGAAGUACUUGCAGGAGGCAGCUGCAGUAGUAUCCGCCUGUAGUCCCAGCUACUCAGGAGGCUGACACAGGAGGACUGCUUAAGCCCAGGAGCUCAAGUCCCACCUGGACAACAUAGUAAGAUCUUGUCUCUUAAAGAAAAAAAAAAAGGUACUUGGAGGUCACACUUGAAGAUUAUGCACAUCAGCAGAGGAAAAGGCCAGCCAAGCUUAGGGCAGGCUUGAUGCAGUAGGAGAGACUCCUUAUGAGGCUGAGCCCUUGUCUUAUUGCCAGCCUUUGCCACAGGCAGGUGAGAAAGGCAGGGCCACUCCUCAGCAAAGUUGGCCUCUUCUGCACUCCCUCACCAGUGUUGUUUCUUCCUUUUUUCCCCUCUUCCCCUUCCCCUCUUGUGUUUUUUCUGAACCCCACAUCUGCCAUCAUUUCUCUCCUCUAGAGUCCCUGGCUUCUGGCCACUGCCUCCUCCCUCUUCUAAGCCUUGGCCUGAACCUGGUUGACCAGAGGCAAGUGUGGAUCCUUUGGGUGGCUGUCAGGGGAGAUCUCAGGGCCUCUGUUGGGAGGAAUCUCUGUAAUUCCUGCUUGGGCUCCAAAUUUCUGAAGAGUAGUAUUUUUAAACUGUAGCUUACAAAAUACAUUCUCUGGCCACAGUCUCCUCCUUGAUAUACAAGGGAUGGAUGAAGUUCAUGUAUUAGGACUGGCACUCCUUACGGUGCUUAUAGAACCAGUCUCACCACUUGACUCAUUACGUCGUCAUUCUUGUUACAUCACUCAUACUUUUAGCUGCAACCACACUAAUUCACAUUUUUAUAUACUUUCAAUUAGCUGUACUAAUUGGGGCUUGAAAGUAUAUAAAAUCUUCCUAUCCUGUGAAUUUUAAAAAGCUAUCCCAUAUCGAUUGCCAAAGAGCAUCUACCUUACCACCUAAGAAGAAAAGCCACUUUCUUCCAAUCCAAGCCCACUGCAGUCUUGUGGAUUUUCCACACAGCAGCUUUUCACUGUAUGCCUGUACUCGGGCUGCACUGAGCUUGUCUUCAGGAAACCAGAGCAUUGCUUUAUCAUAGCACUUUUCAUCUUGGUAAUAUCAAAACAACUUUUUAAAUGAACUGAUUGAUAUAUGUUAUUUCUUGCGAGGUUUUCCUCUGGCCUUUAACUGGCUUCUGAGGCUACAGAACUCCAACCCAGAGUUCUUCGGGACCUAAAUUUUGCUUAAGGAAGGCCUUUAUCAUGCUGAAAGCACUCAGACAUGUCUGCCCUCACAGCAGAAUCUGGAAGUCAUAUGAAUGAGGGAUCGUGCUUGGUAGCGUCAGCCCAAAUUGACACGACAACUCACUGAAUGUGUGGCCCUCUAUGAAAGCUGGUGCCAGUUAUCAUCACUGUUAUUAAAUACUAGAUUGGGAACCUCAUUCAGCCGUAUUGCACAGAUGAGCAAUUAUAGCAGAGAAAAUUCAUUAGUGCUUCCACUCAUAUCCUUAUGUGUGAGUUGGUGAAAUUUAGCCUGAGCUUGAUUCUUAGGUCUUGAGACUCAGUUUCCAACACCUUCAUUAUUAAUGUUAAGAAUGGCCAUAUACCACUUCAUUUACGUAAAAGGAAUAAAAUAAGCAAGUUAAGCUUCAGGGUCCUAGAAUUUUUCUGAUUUCUAUAAUCCUUCAGCAGAAUAUUAAGAAAUAAAGCAUGCUCUGCAAUGGAAAGGUUUUUUUGGCACUAACUUCAUGCAAAAUUUCACAGACAUCUAUGCAUUAAUUUAAAUUCUUGGUGCAAAUGUGUGCUUUGUAGUUCAACCUUAUUAAAAAUUCUUCAGCCAGUUAGGAUUUCAAAAUACAUUAGUGAGAGUAACAGCUAGCAGAAUAAUUACAAUGGCUAAAACGUUUUUAUAGAGAAUCUUGUUUUUCAAAAAAGAAUAAAAAGUUUGAAUAGCUAUUAUUAAAGAAAAGCCAUGUCUUCAACAUCUGAGUCACCAAGAAGUAACACUUUUUAAACUUGUUAGAAAUCCCUGGAGGCAUUUCAAAUUCAUCUUCUAACCUACCUAAGCACUUUAAGAUACAGCCUCCUUCUGUUCCUUUGUUCCCCUUCAUGCCUCCUUUUGAAUUGAUAACUGUCAAUAUUUCUUUGACUUCAGCAUUGUCAUUUUAUUUCUGUUUAUCAAUGUGUCCUUAGUUUUCUUAGCCUGUUAAUUUAAAAAUCCAGACUUGGGGGUCAUUGUGUUGCUACCCAAGAGAAAAUGCUACAGUUUUAUAGAUUGCACAUCAUUCUUUAAGGCAUACAUUUACCUCAGGAAACUUACUCUAGUAUGUUCUCAUAUAUUGAAUUCUCAACUAAGUAACUAUUUCUUUAUACCUAUAAACUAGUACCUAAUUCACUGUUAGUUAAACGAGCCAUAGAUAAGGCAGCUAAACUUCUGAAAGAUAGCCAGAGUAAGUAAGCAGCCACUGCAAGCUCUGAAUCAGUUUAAAAAAAAAAAAGUAAAAAAAAAAAAAGGAGCUGCGCCCCAUUGAACAAUGACAACAUCACAAGGGGAAGGGAGGGAUUUUGCCAAAAGUUAGAAAGGUGGAGCUGUAAGCCAUGUGCAUGUUGCCUUUGACAGUGACAGUGCCCCUCUCACAACUAAUUCCACUAGGCAUGGGAAUGUCACCUCCUUUGCCACUGUACCCCAUCAAGCUUACUCUGAAUCAAAGGUUUUGUAAAACUUUUGAAAAUGAACUUAGCUGCAAAAUAUAGCUAACCACUUUCCAUUGCAAGCUUUGCAAAGUGAAGAGAGGUUCAUACUUCUCAUAAUUGGUAUUUAGCACAAUUGUAAGACACAGUUUUACUGUUUGUACAUUGUUUUUUUCCGUUAAACUUUUCUAGAGAAGACAAAAGCUUACACUCGUGACAUGGAUAAGUGAGAUGGUGUCUAAUGAGCAGUGCAAUAUUAGGCGGUGCAAUAGAGGCCCUGUUGGCGAGAUGAGUUUUGCUGGAGAGCUGGACAGUGUUGGUUAGCUUCCUGCAUUGAUUGCCCCUGGGCGUUCUUCCCCCUUAACUGUGAAAGCAGAGUCUAUAAAUGAACUCUUUGCUCUUACAAGGUAAUUUACAUAUUUUCUUUCUGUUGAAAUAACUGAAAAUGUUAAAUCUACCAGUUUAUGUCUUGUAAACAGAGUGUCAUAUGUAUUUAAGUUGUGUAUUUUUAUAAAGUAAAGCCAAAUAUCAAA